AUGAAGCAAUUCAAGUUUGACAACUACGCUGAGGAGAAGGUGGGCAAUCCGCAUUUUCCAUUCACUAGCAAACCAGACUGGGAGAUGGUGGCAUUCCUGCUUCGGUUGGACCUCAGCAUGGCAGACAUUGAUGAGUUUCUCAAGCUUAAAUUUGUGAAACACACCAAAAUACUACCAUCCCCACCUCAGUGGAAGUAUCAAGUAGUUCCUAUGGAAUUCCCAACAAUGAAGACUGUGCAUAUUUUUUACUGGGACACAAUCAAGUGCCUCCAGUUGCUUCUUAGCCACCCUAUGCUGGCUGAUAGUUUUGAGUUCAUCCCAUGGAAAAUUUAUGCUGAGGCUAAACAUGCCAUUCACAUUUACUAUGGUUUCAUGACAGGACCAGCCUCAGCAGCAAGCAGUCAUUUCGGUCGCUGA